AUGGCCCGCCCCGCCUCCCUGUCGCCCGCGGGGGGUGGGGGCUGCUGCCACGGCCCUCGCCUCGCAGCUCCACCUGUGCCCCUGCCUCACCCCACCCCCUCGGCCUGGGCUGCUCCCUCCUCGCAGCUCCACCUGUGCCCCUGCCUCACCCCCGGGCUGCUCCCUCCUCACAGCUCCACCUGUGCCCCUUGUCCUUGCCCCUGGGCUGCUCCCUCCUCGCAGCUCCACCUGUGCCCCUGCCUCACCCCCGGUCUUUUCCCUCCUCACAGCUCCCCCUGUGCCCCUUGUCCUUGCCCCUGGGCUGGGCUGGGCUGCUCCCUCCUCACAGCUCCACCUGUGCCCCUGCCUCACCCCCGGGCUGCUCCCACCCACAGCUCCCCCUGUGCCCCUUGUCCUUGCCCCUGGGCUGGGCUGCUCCCUCCACACAGCUCCCCCUGUGCCCCUUGUCCUUGCCCCUGGGCUGGGCUGCUCCCUCCUCACAGCUCCACCUGUGCCCCUGCCUCACCCCCGGGCUGCUCCCUCCUCACAGCUCCACCUGUGCCCCUUGUCCUUGCCCCUGGGCUGGGCUGCUCCCUCCUCACAGCUCCACCUGUGCCCCUGCCUCACCCUCACCCCCGGGCUGCUCCCACCCACAGCUCCCUCUGUGCCCCUUGCCCUCAGCCUGCUGCUCCCACCCGUAGAUCCACCUGUGUCCCUUGUCCUUGCCCCUGGGCUGCUCCCACCCAUCGCUCCAGCUGUGCCUCUUGCCCUCUGCCUAGGCUGCUCCCUCCUCACAGCUUCACUGGUGCCCCUUCCUCUCACCCCCGGGCUGCUCCCAUCCACUGCUCCCCCUGUGCCCCUUGUCCUCACCCCGGGCCACUCCCACCCGUAGCUCCACCUGUGCCCUUUCCUCUCACCCCUGGGCUGCCCCCAUCCAUCAUAGCUCCAUCCUGUUCCUCCCCCCAUCCCUGCAACUCCCUCGUGUUGCUGCUGAGCUCUCCCUCCUGAUGCCUCUACUGCCCCUGUCAAGGGCUGUGGCCGCUCCCCAGGUGGUGACCUGCACAUCCCUUCUCCACUUGGCUGCCUUGGUUUUCUUUCUCUCUUACCUGCUGACACCCUCCUGGGGCAGCCCCUAAUCCCAUGCCUCCAAGAAGUGCGAUGAAAUGAGGGGGAGACUCUAGGAAAGGCAGUCAGAGAGGCUUUGCCAUCAGAUGGAGGCACAGCGGGCAGGAAGCGCCAGCCUGUGGAGUGAACACCCCAGCAGAGCCAUGGUCCUCAGCUAGAUGUGCCCCAGGUCCUGCCUGCUUGCACUGCUGGCCAAGAGAAAUUGGACUUGAACUUCCCCAGAGGGGUGUCUCUAUUCUGCUCUAAGGACCAGAGCUACUUUGGAUCCUGGACAUGGAGCACACUCUAUUAUAAAGCUGCUAGUGGAAGUCAGUCAGUUAUCUGCUUUGGACACUGCUGGACUCAAGGGUUUAGAUGGACUGUUUCUUGCCCAUCUGUUGCUUUGAGAGAGCUAAUGCUGUAAAAUUGGAGUUUCUUCACAUUUUAAGGCUCAAAGUCUUAAAUUGAAGACUGCUGGAUGACCAUCAAUGGAAGACUGGAAUUGUGGAUGCAGCCAGGAUUACUAGGCUUCACAGAGACAAAGUAGCCGUAUCUGGAAACUCCUUACGAUCAGUUCGUCUAGUGAGGAUUCAAGCUCAAUAUGGAUAGAGUACUGAGCAAGUUGACAUGCUCAGCUAAUGAUCUAGGGUCAAAUCUUAUUCGCCCUGGUUUCAGAGAGUCUACUUGUCUGGGUAA